AUGGUAGAACCAGAGAUGCAGAAGAAGGCAAGUGGUAGCAGUGGCGGUUCCGAGAUGGACGCCUUAAAUGCUCCCAGCAACUGUGGUAAACAAGCAGUUUCAAGCAAUAAAGGGAAUCCGGUGAGAAAGAAGAAGCCAGUGAACAAGGUCUCUAACGGAAGAGAUAAUGCACAUAAUUAUCACCGGGAAGGCCGCAGGAAAAGUAACAAACAACAGAGACCAAGAGCGUCUUAUAAGGAGACGAGUACUAAGAUUAGUGAUCAAGAUAUAGAUUUGUCUAUCCAGGAGGAAAUUCUUGGUGGUAACUUCAAAUUACGAGGCAGGAAAACUCAGGUUUCCAUUAAUCAUUUGUUGAAUUUCCAGUUACCUGAAGUCGAAAGGGAAAAAAGUAGGUCUUCUUCCAGUAAGAAAUCAAAUAGGAGACGCGAUGAGCAUGUGCAUUUGCAUGGCGACACAUUUGUCAAUGUCAAUUACCGUCUUUUGGUAGAUGAUCGUUUUGACUACCCAGAGCAAAGCAGUGACCCGAACGUUCCGGUCGAUCAAGAAAAGAUUCUAAGAGUCAUAGUACCAAAGGGUCAGAAUUGCUCCAUUUGUCUUAGUGAGGAACCGGUGGCUCCCAGAAUGGUUACUUGUGGCCACAUUUUCUGUCUUAGUUGUCUCUUGAACUUUUUUUCCAUUGAAGAAACCAUUAAAAAUAAAGAGACUGGAUACUCAAAGAAAAAGAAGUAUAAAGAAUGUCCGCUUUGUGGAAGUAUUAUUGGCCCUAAAAGGGUCAAGCCUGUCCUUUAUGAAGACGACUUUGAUGUAACCAGGUUGAAUCAAAAACCUGAACCCGGUGCCACAGUAAACUUACAACUGAUGUGCAAACCACACGGUUCACUACUACCUUUACCGGUGGCUUUGCAUUUAGACCCGCUGAAAUGCGGAAACUUUCCUCCCGCAAGCUUAGGAUCGAUAAAGCAUUAUGCGCACAUUAUGAAAUGUGGCGUAUCUUAUUCCUUGGAGCUCUACCAAAAGGACAUUGUGGCUAUUCAAGAACAAUAUGAAAUUGACAAGGCCAUUUACAAUGAUAGUGGAAAAUUCGUUAAGCAGUCAAUUGAGAAUAUCAAUGAUCAAAUUUCGACGCUACUGGCGGCAACCACCGAUAUGAGCCCGCUUUCUAACGAUAUCAACAGUGGUUUGAAUAAUUUCCAUUUUGAUGACGAUCUCUUGACUAAAUAUGAUGAUUCGUCUGCUUAUUUUUUUUACCAGACGUUGGUGGCAUCGUCUACGAAGUAUUUCUUAUCUCCACUGGAUGUAAAAAUCUUACUGACUAUUUUCCACUGUUAUUCCAAGUUUCCAGAAAGCAUGGAGACGACGAUAGAAAACAUACAUUAUGACACCGUGGUAACGGAACAAUUGAUUCGCCGCUACAAGUACAUUAGCCAUCUUCCGAUCGGCACUGAAAUUGCCCUUUUAGACUUGGACUGGCGUAAAAUACCGUUCCUUCCCAAAAAUAUAUACGAACAGUUUGUUCAUGAGCUAAAACAACGUCGAAGAAAGUUCACAAUGAAAAAGCAAAAGGAAGACAAGGAAAAAAAGCUAUAUGAAAAAAGGUUGGAACAAGAACAUGCCGAGUUCUACAGAAAGGAAAAUGGCAACUCUCUUCAGUUUGAAGAUUCUGUACAGAUGACUACCCAUUAUGAGUCCAUUGUAAACUCUCCUGUACCCUUCAGCUCCUUAGGAAUUUCCAAGCUGGGUCCACCAACAAAUGCCUCCUCUGUACCCCAAAAGAAAUUGCCUUCUCAUACAGAAAGAACAAUUUGGGGAACAUCAAUUGCAGUGACAGAAGACGAAAAAGCGUCAAAGGAGAACAAAGAAUUCCAAGACAUGUUAUUGCAGCGAAUGAGGCAGGAAGGUAACUCCGAUCCCACGCACUCGACAAAUUUUCCUCCUACAAGUAAUGGUAAAAGGGGCAAGAAGAAAAAAGGGAAAGUCAUGCUAUUCAGCAGUAAUCAUCAAGCCUUAGGUUAG